CAAAACCAAAUCAAGCUCAUUCAAAGUUUCUACGCCGGUGAUUUCGGUGGAACGGAUCGCUUCCAAAACUUCUCAGCAAUCAGAUCGAAUCGAGAGUUCGAAACCAAAAUGUCCAGCAUGCGCCAGAAACCUUCCGAAAUGGCCAAAAAGUUCAGAGUCAACAACACGUUUACGACGACCCCGGCGUUAAACUACAGUGCGAGCGAUUGAUGAUUGGGGGGUUUCCUCGUUUCUGCCUUCCUUUUUCCUCCGGAUCGCCAGUUUCGCGUUUCUUGAAUUGACCAAUAUGUUUUUUUUUAUUAUUAAAAACAUAAAAAAAAGGGGUUGUCAAGUAAACCCAGAGCGCCAUUCGAUAGCGAGCAGAGUGAUUCGUGGCUACUUCUCCAGAAGAAAGAAAACCAUCAUCACGAGAAAAAAAUUAAUCUUUUUCUUUUGGAACCUGCGAGAAUUUCUCCAGAAACACGAACCCAAUCGGCGGAAAAGGCAAAAAGUCGAGUCCUUUCUCUUAGGUUGUUGUUGUUGCUCGUUGUUGGGGUUGCUUUUUUGGUGGCUAGAGAACACGGGGACAGCGAAUGUGGUGAAUAUGCUCUGGUGCUCCUCUCAUUUUGAGCCGAGAUCAGAGAACAACAUGAGGGGUUUCUAGAGCUGAGCAUCAAAAGGUUGUUCCUUGUCCUUCGAUCGGAGCAGCUCUUGCAUUCCCAUGGGGUUUUAAGAAUUGGGUCAGAAAAAAGUUUGGGAUUUUAGGUGCUUCAAGUUCUGAGGACGGAUGAUGGUGAAAUUCAGCAUCAGGGCAUGAACCUGAAGAAGGGUUUUUUUAUGGUCUUCUUCUUCUUCUGCUAAUGGACAUUAUUCGAAGCUGUUGUGCAGUAUGAUCUGUCGUCUUUUUUCUUGCUCGGAUUGGUAGCUGAAUUUUUGUGUGUUUGUGGCUUAAGUGGGUGUUUAAUAUGUUGUGAGGGAAUCUGAUUUGCUGAGGAAGGGCUUUGCCAUCUCUUGGGAACUGGUGCCGCUUUUCUCCGGGGAAGAGGUGACGCCUAGUGCAUUGUAUGAAUAAUGUUCAAACAGCUUCUCAGUAAGCUUCCACGUAAAUCGUCAAAAUCAGCUGACAGUCGUGAUAAUGGCGGAAGCUCUAAUCCAUAUGCCAAUGCUUCGAUCAACUCGAGAAGUGGUGAGCUAGGAAGUGCUAAGUCUGGGGCUCUGAACCCGGUGUCAAGCUCCGCUCCAAACCAUGCUUCAGAUAAGGGGUCCAAUCAGGGCAGCAAGACUUCACGGAACUCAAAUGUCCAACUUAAUGGGUAUUCGGUGUCUUCUGCUUAUGAAGCAUUGCCUGGAUUCAAAGAUGUGCCGAGUUCUGAGAAGCAGCACUUAUUCAUAAGGAAGCUGAAUCUGAGUAGUUUUGUAUUCGACUUCACUGACCCAACAAAGAACCUUAGGGAGAAGGAAAUCAAGCGGCAGAUGCUGUCGGAGCUGGUAGACUAUGUAACUUCUGUUAAUGGGAAGUUCACUGAAACAGUAAUGCAGGAAGCCACAAAGAUGGUAUCCGUCAACUUAUUUAGGGCACUGACUCCUCAACCACGUGAGAACAAAGCCAUAGAAGCAUUUGAUCUGGAGGAAGAGGAACCUUUGAUGGAUCCUGCAUGGUCCCACUUGCAGCUUGUUUAUGAGUUCUUCUUCAGGUUUGUUGCAUCAUCAGAGACGGACGCUAAAUUGGCCAAAAGAUACAUUGAUCACUCUUUCAUUCUCAAAUUGUUAGACUUGUUUGACUCAGAAGAUCCCAGAGAAAGGGAAUACUUAAAAACUAUUUUGCACCGUAUCUACGGAAAAUUUAUGGUUCAUCGCCCAUUCAUUAGGAAAGUCAUCAACAACAUAUUUUACCAGUUUAUUUUCGAGACUGAGAAGCAUAAUGGCAUUGCCGAACUUCUAGAGAUUCUCGGUAGCAUUAUAAAUGGGUUUGCUCUGCCACUGAAAGAAGAACACAAACUUUUUCUUGUGAGAGCACUGAUUCCCCUGCAUAAGCCAAAGUGCUUGGCUAUGUAUCAUCAACAGUUAUCCUAUUGCAUUACUCAGUUUGUGGAGAAGGAUAGCAAACUUGCUGAUACCGUCAUCAGGGGUCUGCUUAAGUACUGGCCGGUUACGAAUAGCUCAAAAGAAGUGAUGUUCUUAAGUGAGUUGGAGGAAGUUUUAGAAGCAACUCAGCCACCAGAGUUUCAACGAUGCAUGGUGCCCUUGUUUCGACAAAUUGCUCGUUGCCUGAGCAGUUCACAUUUUCAGGUGGCUGAACGAGCACUGUUUUUCUGGAACAAUGAUCACAUUGAGAAUUUAAUCAAGCAAAAUCGCAGUGUGAUAUUGCCGAUCAUCUUCCCUGCCCUCGAGAAAAAUGCCAGGAACCACUGGAACCAGGCUGUUCACAGCUUGACCCUGAAUGUCCGUAAAUUGUUUUACGAUCUUGACCCCGAACUGUUCAAAGAAUGCCUGACCAAGUUCCAGGAGGACGAGGCAAAGGACGAUGAUGUCAAAGCGAGACGCGAGACCACAUGGAAACGCUUGGAAGAACUUGCCGCGAAGAAAGCUGCGAGCAAUGAGGCGGUGCUUGUUCUCGCCAAAACAUUUUCUCGGAUGACUUCAGGUUAGCAAGAACAACACUUAUCUCUCUGCUGUUGGUUCUAGUGGCUUCGUUUAUUUUGUCUAGUGGGGUUCACGGUAGGAGUCGGGGACGGCUAAUCUUCAUGGAAUGCCACUGUAUACUAUCUUCAUUGGAGGGAGUAUUCUGUAAUGUAGCGAAGGAUGAUGACUUGACAUUGGUCGAAGGCCACAAACAUUUACCAUAAUCGAUCCACCCUGUUUUUUAUUUUCCUAAA